GCCGCGCCCCGAGGAGCCACUCUGGAGUGCACGUGGUGGUGCUGGAGUCAGGUGGGGGCCACACCAUGCUGGCCCGUCACUUCCUCACUCACCAGCCGGCCGAGCACCGCAACCUGGCCUCCUGCCUCCUGGCCCUCAUGCCUGGCCGCGUCCUCAUCGUUGUUGCCGUCCCCGAUGCGGUGGCCUUCCUGGGUCAAGACGCGAUGGAGCAGCUGGAAGUGAUGGGGUCCUCCAUGGUCCGUAACCUGGCUUCCUUUGAGGCCUGGGCUAUGGUGGCCCAAACGCCGUCCGCCACUCCAAUACCUGCCACAGCCCACCACCCACGCCCUCUCGCUCACACGCCCUCAGCCGCCCACAUGGUGUCCAAACACCGCACGCCUUCAGGACACCGCCGCCCUCAACCACACCAUCAGGAUGUCCAGCAGGCGAGGCGAGGGUGGGUGUGGGCCGAAGCCGCCGCCAUCAUCCGAACACCUCACGGCGUGGAGAGUGGGCCGCUCCAUAUGCACGCCCAGCUGCCCCGCACACCAGGUGUACGGUGCAGCUGGCACGAGGACCCAGCGAUGAAGGAGCAGCGGGACUUCUGUAACACCUACGAGGGCUACCUGCAGCUGUGCACCUGCGCCUCCCCUCUCACUCCCGCCCUCAGGCACUCUGCUCCGGAGAUCAAGAUGAGGGAGGUCAUACCUGUGGCUAUGCUCACUGCCGUUAAGCCGUUUAACUUCUACAGACAGCUGGUGAACCUGUUGGAGACGCCAGGAGCCGCCCAGACCCCCAUCCUGGUGAUGGUAGACGGACCCAACACUGAGAUCCUCAGACUGGCUCGCAUCUUCGGGCUGGAGGUGUUGGUCCACCGGCCCCAGGGCGCGCCCGGCUCCACUACCCUCCUCAACAUGCACUUCAGGUUCUCCGUCCACAACGUCUUCAAUUACUUCCCCGAGGUGGACAAAGCCAUCAUCCUCGAAGACGACCUGCUUCUCUCACCUGACUUCCUCUCUUUCUUCCAGCAGACAUCCUGGUUACUGGACGUCGACCCGACCAUCUUCUGUGUGAAUGCCUUCUCCAUCAACAGCUACCCAGGGGUGGCCCACGACCCCACGGUGCUCCGACGCUUCGAGAUGAUGCCUCAGUUUGGCUGGAUGGUCACCCGCCGGUGGGCGAGGGAGCAGCACCACGCCUGGAUACCGGAGAAGGAGACCGCGGACUGGGACUGGUGGCUGUUCUCCCAGACGUCCCUGCGGGGGCGCCACGCCCUCGUGCCGGAGAUUGGACGCACCUUCCACGCCGGGGCGGCCGGCGCCCACGUCUCGGGCUGGGAGCAGGAGCACCUCUUCAGCCACAUGAUAUAUAAUCAAGACCCGGACGUUAAGCUCCAGGGGCUGGAGGACCUCACACUGGAGCGCUACGAAGCCAAGUUCAAACGCGAGAUACUGACGGCUGAGGACCUGGAGGUUAUACCCCACCCCUGUACACGCCCCUUCCUCCCCCAGCAUAAGGCUGGACCGUUCCGGGUGUUCGUGGUGUCGGAGACCCAGAGCGACGAAUACGGCGCCUAUUAUGUCAUGCAACUGUGCUUGCACGGGUUCAGUGAAGAAAGUCGAGAGAAGUUCAACGCUGUAGUUCGUUUCAACAUUGAAGGUCGCAUCCUUUACAUAAUUGGCUGCCCAGCCUCCCCGUACUGCACGCUGUUCCCUAAAGGCAUAUCAAUGAUGAAGCCACCGAGCCCGGAGCUGGUACAGUCAGCAGAGGACCAGGUACGGGAGUGGCAGAGGCGCAACUACCCACCAUACUUUCUUCAACGCUCCGACAUACAAUAUCCCUACCAAGAAUUUCUGAUGGAGAAUCUGUUACAUAUCUAUUGGAAUGGCUCACUAGUGAAGAUGUAGCAUGCAUAUUUAUGUAACAAGGUUCAAUAUUAAAUAAACUGAACAAUUUACA